CUUGUUGUUAUAUGUGUUUGUACUAUGUUGAUUAAAAGUUAAGUUAUUAUAAAUUUAAGAUUGUAAUAAUCAUGGAUAAACCUUCUUCAAAAUUAACGAGAAGAUCUACAAUUCAAACUACUCUAAAGGAAGUCAGUAGUAGGAGGCAACGUCUUUUGAAAAACCCAUCUAGAAAUCAGAUUACAAGUUUGACACCUCUAUCAAGAUUAGCAAGAUUUAAGAAAUCAGUUGAGAAGCAAAAGGAAGAAAAGAAACCUAAAAAAGCUAAUCGCAGAGUAACUUUUGCUUUAAUGGAGACUGAAGCAGAAAUCAUGCUUAAUGGUUCACAUGAACCAGUGGAGGAGGAGGAGAAAAUACUAAAACCAAGGAAAACAGUUAUACAGGAAGAAAAAGAAAAUUCAGUUGUACAGAAUGGAAAUGGUCUAGAACCUGAAGAGAACGUACAGCUUGAAGAACAAGAAAUUGGUGAAGAUAAGAAAAAUCUUCACCAGAAUGUUAUAGAAACAAAAAAGGAAAACACACCCAAAAAGCAAGCAAAUAAAAGAGUGGUUAAAGAUGUGUCACCUCCAAAACGAGAAUUAAGACCCAGAGAGUCUACUCCCUUAAAAAAUAAUGAAUUGAAACGUAGGGGAACUCCUGUCAAAAUACAGGAAGCAUCUCUAAAAAAAAAUCAUGAAUGUGACAAAUCAGAUAAUCAAACCAAUCUUGAGCCAGUAAAUGGUGAAGAUUUAGACCCCAGAGAAACAGAAGAAAAGGUCAAUGAUUCUGCCAAAGAUAUAAGCGUAAUCACUAUAGAAGAUUCUGUUAAAGAAGAGUCUAUUGUAACUAUCAAUGAAAGCAUUGGCCAAACGGCUGUGGAAGAGCCAAAAGGUAUUUUCUCAGCAUUUCGCAGGAGUUUCAAAAGUAACUCGUCGAUGGAUGCAAAAGACAAAUGUGAAGCUAGCUCUUCACAAAGCAUUAUCUGUCUUGAUUCCCCGGCAGUUGUAGAAAAAUACACACUGCUUGCGAAUAGUGAUAUUAAAGGUCGAAAACCAAUACAUUCAUUUUCUAGAUUUCCUGGACGCAAUGUUAGUUAUGAGUCAGUGGAGUCACGUAAAAGAAGAGCAGAUAACUCAUUUGAUGAAGUUGAAAUAAAAAGAUUUGCUGGUGAAACAGAGAGUGGAUCAGAAAAAUCUCCAGGCUGGAACUUCUUUUCUCCCGGAUUCGGCAGAGUGUGGUCUCCUGCCCAGAGGAACAAAUCCUCCGUGCCGACCUCCACUCCGCUCAUCAAGAAGAUGGAUCAGGACUCUAUGGCAGUCAACUACAACGAGGAAACUAAGCUGUCUCUAAAUGAGACUGGAGAAUCUCUGAGUUUCCAAGAGGUUGGUGGAAGCACUCCAGAAAAGCCCCCUAGGAAGUUUUGUAAUAUUAUGUAAGAUACGAUUUUAUUAUAUUAGUCUAGAUUUUAGAACAGUUUCUCUCCCCAAUCAAGAAUGAAUACACUUGAAAUUAUUUAUCUAAGUUCACAGAAAUUAUUCCAAAAUGUUAAUAUCAAUCAUUAACAUCUGUAACACAUUCAGUGGCUGAGGGAGUCUCAUCUCUUGUUGUUUUAAACUGGAAUAGAAUCGUUCUCUUAUUGUUAGUCUGAACUAUUUUGCAAAUGGACUGAACAAAUUAGUUACGGCAAAAAUAUGUAACUAAACUGUGUAUUGUGAAGUAAGAGAUUGGAUGUGAGACGUUUUAUGCAGACGUAUCCUUUAAUUGUGUUGAUUUUUUUUAUAUGUUGGUUUUGUUUUAAAUUGAAUUUGCCGUGUAAAUCCAUAGAAUGUUAUUAUUGUUCUAGUGUGUUCAUAAGAGCCAACGUUUCUGUCCAUUUUAAUUUGUUGUAUUUUUAUAACUUUGUAAAUGUAGUAUAAUUUGUUAGUUUAUACCUUUUUUAUAAUCUUAAAAUGAGAUUUGUAUUUGUUUUCCUUGUUUUUUCAUUAGUACUUUUAGGCUGAUAGCACUGUGUAAUUUAUGAAAAAUUUGGCUUUACUUUUUACAGCACUUGCUUUAUGAAUAAAUAAUAUCAUUUCCUAUUAUAAUUAUGAAAAAUUUACAUUGAGAUGUAAUUAUGUGUCCCAUAUGCAUAAAUUAUUUAAAUUUCUAAAUAGUGUGAUCACUAUUAUCCAAGUUAUCCCUAUGUAUUUGUUAUUUAUUGAAUAUGUUUCAUUAGCUAUAUUGAUGAGGAAUAGUUUGAUACUGCUCAAGUAAUGUUGUGUUGUUGUGGUGAUAAAGUCUGAAGGUGUGCCAAAAAUGUUCACCCGUGUACCUAUUACAUACAAAUUAAUGUUAGUAAAUUUUGUGUUCAUUUUAUACAAAUCAAUUACAUCAGAUAGGCAUAUUAUAUCCUCUAUUUAGUUCCUAGUGAUAGAUCUGUAAUAUGCUUGAAAUAUUAUUUUUUAUACCUAGACUUGAUAUUUAUGUGUUUAAAAUAAAAAGACAUUGUUUGAAUUGAUUUACUUACCUCAAUGUAACUGGAUGGUCUAGCUUACCAGAAAAGGUUAUCAACAUACAGUUGUACUUGAGCUAUCCUUACCAUCCAAAUCUACUUGUAAUGAUUUUUGUUUAGCACUAAAAUAUGAGGAAUGCACAUCUCAUUACUCAUAUUAAUAGAUUUAUUUUGUAUAUUAUUCCCCACCAAAGUUUAUGAUUUCCUUAAUAUUUAGUUUUUGUACAUGAAGUUUUUUAUUACCUUGUUGAAUUUUAUUGUCAAUAUUAUCACAUAAUUUGUAAAUAAAAUACAAAACCAUACAAAA